UAAUACAUACAUCUCUCCAUCAAACUAGCAAUCGCUUUCUACCUCCAAAACCUUGUAUUAGCGAAUACUUAGUUUCAGCCAGCAAUCUACCGUAGUUAAUUCUAUUGAGGCAUUAAUGGAGAGACUUCCGAAGUGUGCAGCAAACUAUGUCCCUCUCACUCCUCUCACUUUCUUCAACAGAGCAUCAAAGGUUUAUGCCAACCGAGCCUCUGUCAUAUAUGGAGGAGUCAGCUUUACCUGGCGCCAAACUUAUGAGAGAUGCUGUCGUCUCGCCUAUUCCCUCCGUUCCCUUAACGUUGUCAAGAACGAUGUUGUAUCUGUGCUAGCGCCAAACGUACCUGCGUUAUAUGAGAUGCAUUUCGCAGUUCCAAUGGCAGGAGCUGUGCUUAAUGCAAUCAACACAAGACUUGAUGCUAAAAACAUCGCCACUAUUCUCUGUCAUUCUGAAGCCAAGGUGUUUUUCGUCGACUAUCAAUAUGUUCCUUUAGCAUCUGAGGCGCUACAAUUGCUGGAUGCUAAAAACGUAGCCAUGCCUUUGGUCAUCGUGAUUGAUGACGUUGAUAAGCCGACUGGUGUUCGUCUUGGCAAGCUGGAGUAUGAGCUACUCAUCCAGCAUGGCAAUCCACUAUAUCAUGGUGAAGAACUUGAGGACGAGUGGGAUGCGAUUUCACUGAAUUACACAUCCGGAACCACCUCUGAGCCCAAGGGAGUGGUGUAUAGCCACCGUGGUGCUUUUCUGAGCACCAUGAGCUUGAUUCAAGGUUGGGAAAUGGGUACGGAGGCGGUGUACUUAUGGUCACUACCAAUGUUCCAUUGCAACGGCUGGACGUUCACAUGGGGUGUUGCAGCAAGAGGAGGCACAAAUGUGUGCAUACGCAACACGACUGCUGAAGAAAUGUACAGGAGCAUCUCUCAGCACAAGGUGACUCACAUGUGUUGUGCCCCUAUUGUCUUCAACAUCCUUUUAGAUGCCAAGCCCCAUGAGCGUUGUGAAAUAACAUCUACGGUAAACAUACUCACCGGAGGGGCACCGCCGCCGGAGGCCCUGUUGGAGAAGAUGGAGGAUCUUGGAUUCCAUAUAAUGCAUGCGUAUGGCCUUACUGAAGCCACAGGACCUGCUCUUGUAUGCGAGUGGCAAACCAAGUGGAAUCAACUGCCGAAAGAUCAUCAGGCGAGAUUGAAGGCUCGACAGGGGGUCGGAAUACUCACCCUCGCUGAUGUCGAUGUCAAAAACAAGGACACAAUGGAGAGCGUUGUGCGUGAUGGGAAGAUGAUGGGAGAGAUCGUACUCCGAGGAAGUAGCAUCAUGAAAGGGUAUUUGAAAGAUGAGAAGGAGACUGCGAAGGCUUUUCAGAAAGGGUGGUUUUUAACCGGAGAUGUUGGAGUUAUUCAUCCCGACGGAUACGUUGAAAUCAAAGACAGGUCAAAAGACGUGAUAAUCUCCGGCGGAGAAAAUAUCAGUAGUGUGGAACUAGAAUCCAUUCUAUUCAAACACCCGGCAAUACACGAUGCAGCAGUAGUGGCAAUGCCUCAUCCAAAGUGGGGAGAAAGUCCCUGUGCUUUUGUUGUCUUGAAAGAGAUGGAAAGCACAACUGAAACCGAAAUCUUGGAAUAUUGCCGGAAAAAGAUGUCAAAAUUUAUGGUGCCAAAGAAGGUGGAGUUUGUGAAAGAACUACCAAAAACAGGAACAGGUAAAGUCGUAAAAGUGGAGCUCAGAAAACUGGCAAAAACCCUAAAGAUCUCGGAAAACAUACAAAUAAACAAUAAGAGAUCUCAAAAGGAAGUCCAUUUGCAUCAAACCCGGUACCAACAAAAUGAACCCCAUGAUCAAGAAAAAGUUUUUGCAAUGUCCCGACUUUGAAUUAAUGACUUCAAUAAUUUUAUCUCAUGUAAGUUUCGAUACAUGAAGGUAAGGGAGUAUACCCAUAUAUAUGUCCUCGUUAAUAAUAGUUUACGUUAAUAAUAGUUUACAACAGGUGAGUUUUGUGGCAUGUGGGC